CGAAGCUGCUUCAAAAACGGAUUUACACGGCAUUCACUAAUGCUAGACAGUGGUGUGAAAGUGAAAAACUGUUAGUCGCACGUCGCGUCGGAACGUCCGCGGAUUCGGAAAAGCUGCGAAAAUAAGUGCACUUACAAGGGGCACACCGAUUUCACACUCGCCCCUCUGCACCAGAGGCUGCAAAGUUCGAAAAAACAGAAAAAGAAGCCUGCGAAACAAAUGACGAAAUUCAUUCUAGCCCGAAGCUGCCUGGAGUUAGCCUCCGCCGGCACCCUUGGAUCCUCGAUAGGUUUAUCGAAUGCGUGCAUCGUUCCCCGUAUGGGAGCUUCAUGGAUGAGGCAAUACUCUCUACAGCUAAGAACACAACAUGCCAGGCUAAGUAGCUUUACCGGCGGGCCGAUCUGUAGCAAAAACUUUUCCACACAGGCAGACAACCGCAAACCGGUAGCAUUCGACGACGGUGACCGCCCACCAUCCGAUCCGGAAGCCGUCCAUGCAGAUCUACUAAAGCGACUAACGAAAUUGUACGAUCAGGAGCAGGCACGCAAAUUGAUCGUUCCUCCAUUUAAGCGUGCGCUACUUUAUGGCGAAAAAGCGGCUGUUCGGGAUCAAGUAGGCGAUUUCAGUUUUAUACAGCUGUACGAAGCCGUCAAACGACUUGCCGUUCAGAUAUCAAAACAAUGUGGAAGUGCAUCCCAAUCCCGCGUGGCAUUCUUAUGUCCGAACAACAUUACAUACGUUGUAAGCCAGUGGGCAUGUUGGUUCUCGGGACAGAUUGCCGUACCGUUGAACGCCAAAUACCCGGCCGACCUUCUUGAGUAUUACAUAAAAGAUUCGGAUGCAUCACUCCUGCUGACUACACCAGAGUUUCUGCCCCUCGCCGAGCCGCUGGCAGCAAAACUGCAAAAGCCUUUUCUGGUGGUGAGCCAUGAUUUGAUCACCAGUCCUGCAGCGAACAAUACGGGUUCAGAUCCCUCGAUGGGAGGCAUUUCAUACUUAGAUCCUAGCCGAGAAAAUGUGCUGCAGCUUAACGAUUUGCUCGUGGUGGAGAGUGCCCUCAAUGGGGAGUUUUACCGCGACGCAAACGCGCUUAUACUGUACACCUCCGGUACGACCGGUAAACCGAAGGGAGUGGUACUUAGCUACGCCAAUUUGGACGCCCAGCUAAGCUGCCUAUCGCACGCAUGGCAGGUAACGUCCACGGAUUCGGUUUUGCAUGCGCUUCCCCUAAAUCACGUGCACGGAACGAUCAAUGCACUUAAUCUUCCGCUGGCGGCCGGUGCAAAAUGCGUCAUGCUGCCGAAGUUCGACAGUAGCAGCGUGUGGAGCUACCUGCUAAACGUGAAUAUGACCACAAAAGAGCGCGUGAACAUAUUAAUGGGAGUACCGACGAUGUACGGAUUGUUGAUACGCGAGUACGACAGUGUUUUUGGAGCAAAUGCGCGCAUGCGUGACUACGUGAAGACACAUUGCCGAAACAAGAUCCGGUUGAUGGUGUCCGGGUCGGCGCCACUUCCGGGUAAUAUAUUCGAUCGCUGGCACGAAAUAACCGGUCACAAGUUACUUGAACGGUACGGAAUGACAGAGAUUGGUAUGGCCAUUUCAAACCCGUACGUACAGGACUCCGAGCAGCGCAGUCGGAAGCAGGGCUGCGUGGGAAUGCCUUUGCCUGGCGUUAGCGUUCGCAUUGUUGAGCCAGAAUCCGGUCGGCAAUUGACAUUGGAGGGUAAGGAAAACGAAGGUUUCUGGAACAAGGACACCGGUGACAAUGUUCCCCCAUCCGAUGCGCCGAAGGACUCUGUAGCAGGUCAACUGUACAUCAAAGGACCUUCAGUGUUCCGUGAGUACUGGGGUAAACCACAAGAAACCGCCGCCGAAUUCGACUCCGAAGGAUGGUUCCGGACGGGUGAUACGGCCCAGUAUGAAAAUGGAACGAUUCGCAUUUUGGGCCGCACGUCGGUGGACAUCAUUAAAUCAGGUGGGUUUAAGCUGUCUGCACUGGAAAUCGAGACAGCCCUGCAUGAACAUCCGGACACGAGUGACGUUGCCGUGUUGGGCCUUCCCGAUGAAACCUGGGGCCAGCGAGUGGUUGCAGUAGUAAGCCUUCGGGAGCAGGUAACGCCGGAAGAAUUCAGCAUUCCGAAACUACUCGUGUGGCUAGAGCAGAAGCUGCCAAAGCAAGCAGUGCCGAAAGAGGUCAAGGUAGUGGAAGAAAUUCCCCGGAAUGCAAUGGGUAAAAUCAACAAGAAAGAACUGAUCGAUCGAUUAUAUGGUACCCAAACAACUACGACGACGCCGGUAGCCGAACAAAAAGAUGAAGUUAAACCGUAAGCUACAGCUGCAGGACAUUAAGAUGCGCACAGAAACGUAUUUAUAUCAAUAAUCGAGAUAAUUCUAAGUAGGCAGCCAGUACCUAGUGCUAGUCUAUAGCUCCAAACAAACAGAAAAAAAACCAUCCGAUUGGACUUACAUAACUUGACGGAAGCAAACCUUUUUAUAUUUCGUUUGCUUACGGAACAACCCGGAAUAACAAGAAUGUUCGUUAUAAGUUGACCUAAUAACAAUUUAGACAGCAAGGUGUCAAUGAAAACUUGAAA